GACUGCAAUCAUCAUACAGGAGACGGUCAGAGACUGCAAUCAUCAUACAGGAGACGGUCAGAGACUGCAAUCAUCAUACAGGAGACGGUCAGAGACUGCAAUCAUCAUACAGGAGACGGUCAGAGACUGCAAUUAUCAUACAGGAGACAGUCAGAGACUGCAAUCAUCAUACAGGAGACAGUCAGAGACUGCAAUCAUCAUACAGGAGACAGUCAGAGACUGCAAUCAUCUUACAGGAGACGGUCAGAGACUGCAAUCAUCUUACAGGAGAUGGUCAGAGACUCUGAAGACAUGGUACAGGAGACGGUCAGAGACUGCAGACAUGGUACAGGAGAUGGUCAGAGACUGCAGACAUGGUACAGGAGAUUGUCAGAGACUGCAGACAUGGUACAGGAGAUCGUCAGAAACUGCAGACAUGGUACAGGAGAUGGUCAGAGACUGCAGACAUGGUACAGGAGAUGGUCAGAGACUGCAGACAUGGUACAGGAGAUGGUC